CAUCUGAGUUUGACAUUCCAAAUCUUUUAUCAUAUUUGGUUCCCGCAAGAACCGGCGCUCCUCUUCCUCCUCCCCCUUUUCCACCUCCACCAAAAAACUCCCCGAUUUGGUGCCGCCGCAAAGCCCUAAUCAGGAUCUAAACCUCGCCCACCACCAUGAUUUCAAGGCCCUCAGCGACAUGAUCCACCUCCCCUCGCCGCCGCCGCCUCAACUCUCGUCGCUACAGCUUCUCACGGGGCUAGCAUCCACGUCGAGGGGUUUGAACUCCUUCAUGCCGUCUCCGGCGGAUCCCUACCCAUCGUCGGGGCUGGGAUUUCCAAUGGCGGAGUUCAAGCCGUCUUCUCUCAACUUCUCGCUGGAUGGGGUCGGGAUCGGCGGCGGCUAUGGAAGCUUCCAGGGGGUUCUGGAAACGAAUGGAAAGCUUCUGUUUCUGUUUGAGGAUUUGAAGCAGCAUGUAUCGUCCAACAAUGCUGACCAAAAUCGAGAUGAUAAUGAUAAUUCAAAUGGAUACUGGAAUGGGGUUAUAGGCGGUGGAUCAUGGAGAUGCUAGAAAGAGGAAGCAUAAUGGCACUGAACCAAGUAAUGUGGGCGUGGUGAUUAGAGGAAAACACGUCACAAGUGUUGGUUAACUACAAGCAACAAGUAAUCAAGCCCAAAAAGAAUUACGCCUCAUUGUUUACCAAGACCACACCAUGUGCUCUUGUGAAAGGAAUUGUAGAGAUGAACAACCUCCAGCACCAUCCAAGAUCUCCCGGGUCGACUUGGCUACUGGGCAAGCUGGGAUUCGAAGAUGUUCUAGAUCCGACCAUGCAAGAUCUCCCGGGUCGACUUAGCUACUGGGGUUUGGAUGCAUUCGAUAUCAGGCGCUGCGAUGUUAUUUUACCUAAUGGGUAGUCUCUUCCAGUGACCGAGGACGACGUUCAACGGGUACUAGGCUUUCCAAAGGGACCUAGAAGAAUUGAGUAGAUUAUAUUCGUACGUAAUUGAUAAAGUUGUUUAUAGAAUAGGUGCAAAAACUCCGUCCAUGUAUUAACAUG